AUGAAUUACUGGCUGAAGGGUAGCUCUCCAAUCGAUGACCUCGUCGGCUCAGAAGACUUGGCACUCAAUCUCGAGAUUUGCGACCAGAUCAGGUCCAAGCAGGUCUCCUCCAAAGAUGCCAUCAAGGCACUCAAGCGACGUAUCAGUCACAAGAAUCCCAAUGUCCAGCUCCUUGCCUUGGGGCUGACGGAUGUCUGUGUCAAGAACGGCGGCCAGCACUUUCUUGUCGAAGUUGCGUCUCGCGAGUUCGUUGAUAACCUAACUUCGAUCCUGAAGGCACCUGCUGGCUGCAACUUGGAGGUCAAGAAUAAAAUCCUCACUCUACUUCAGAUAUGGGGGCGUCUAUUCCGUGGGAAGCAGGGCUUGGGAUAUGUUUGCGACACCUAUCUGAUCCUUCAGCAUGAGGGCUACGAGUUUCCUCCGGUGGAUAAUGUCGGCGCAGCGCUUGUCGAGACUCCGGCACCCCCAGACUGGACGGACUCCGAUGUGUGCACACGAUGCAGGACGGCAUUCACACUCACCAACCGUAAGCAUCACUGCCGCGCAUGUGGCUCGACUUUCUGUGGACAGUGUUCCAGCAAAACCAUGUCGUUGCCUCAUCUUGGAGUCAACCAAGAGGUUCGAGUGUGCGAUGGGUGUUGGAUCAAGAAGAAGAUGGGAGGGAAAGGCACUGCCGUACAUGAUAGCUUUGGCCUUGGAGGACCAGCAGAAUUUGUUCCCAGCACGAACAGCCCAAAGCAAACCAUUACUUCGACAUCUACCAAUGCACAGUCUUCGAAUCUUGAUAAUGAGGAUGAUGAUCUGAAGAAGGCGAUCGAACUGUCACUCAAGGAAGCCAAUUCUCGGCCAGGAUAUUCAGCCCCUUCAGCAGCACGCAACGAACCCAUUUCCAGAGGGACAACAGGGCCAUCCCAUGAGGAAGACGACGCGGACCUGUUGGCGGCCAUUGAAGCGUCCUUGAAAGAGACCAAACUCAGUGGAUCUCAGUCAAAGCAGUCAGCUUAUGAAACAUACACAUACACCAAACCCGAAGUAUCUACUACUGUGAGUGCUGGCUUGGCAAACGAUCUGACAUCAACUGAGAAGGAGAACAUUGAGAUGUUCUCCUCGCUUGUUGACAGGAUUCAGAUGACGAAUGGUGAUGUUGCUGGAAAUCGGGAGGUUCAGGCGUUAUAUGAGCAGAUCUCGAAGUUUCAAAUGAAGCUUGCAUUAAGCAUUGAGGAGGCCGAUAAAAAGCAACGCGAGGCUAUCCAAUUCAAUGAGAAGAUUGAUCAGGCUGUUAAGAUGUACGAUCAUUUGUUGCAGGAGCGGCUCAAAUCUACAUAUCAGCACCGGAUAAACACCAGCGCCUAUGGAUAUCCCGGCGUCCAGCCACAUCCAGCAGAACCCCACGUGGGCUACAACGUCGCCUUGCCUUCUCAAGCAGUUCAUAAUAACCCAGGGUACCCUCAUUUGACCGGAUCGGACCCUCAUUACAGCCCAUACAUCCCAGGAGUACUUUAUAAUCAUCAGGUGCCUCCAUCCUUUGCACCACAAGCACCACAAGCACCACCCUCACAAUCCAGUUACCAGUAUCAGACCUCCGUGCCUCCAGCAACCGCCCCCUUCGAUGUUUCUUCGUCUAUGGCGGGCUCUACAGGAGUAGAAUAUGCCAGUGCUCCAUUUGCAUCCGCUCCCCCUUCAGUUCAGCAAAUACCUGCUCAAACGAUGUACCAGCCAAACCAGGAUCUGUUCUCUGUUGUUUCCCCACCUGGUGUUCAGACACCCGGCCAGUUUCAACAUCAGGGUUACCAGCCGAUAGCUACGCAGCAGAUGCAAUCUACUGCGGUCGAUCUGCAUGGACAAACAGCAUACGCACCCUAUCAGCAACAACAGGCACCAUAUGCACCAGCAGCACCGAUUGCGCCUGCAGCCCCUGUUGAGGAGAAACCUCUUAUUGAACUGUAA